AUGGCGUUUGGCGAGAAAGAUUGGUUAGCGUGCUGUGGGAGCUUGAAAUUUGCCCAAGAAAUGGCGGCCCGAGGACCCUUUUCAAGUCGCGAAGAAGCAAUUAGUGCUGCUAAAGAUAUCUGGUUCAACAAAGUUGAUGUGAAUGGAUGGCUUGAGGCUUUUGCUGCUCAUCCUCAGAUUGGUGAAAGCCCUUCAAAGGCUCACAAGAGUCCAACCAGUGCUCAGUGGAGUAAGGGAGAACAAUCGACUGCCUUGGCUACUGCUAAUGAGUCCACAUUACAGGAGCUAUAUGAAUGGAAUGCCCGUUAUAGGAGCAAGUUCGGGUUUGUCUUUUUGAUUUUUGCCUCGGGUAGAAGUACCCCAGAGAUACUUGCUGAGUUGAAGACACGGUAUCAGAACAGGCCAAUAGUCGAGUUUGAGAUAGCAGCUCAAGAACAGAUGAAGAUAACCGAGCUACGUAUCUCUAAGCUAUUUUCAGCUGAAAUAACUGAUGGUCUCACCUCCAAAAACCCAUACACUUCUACAAAUGUGGUGACCAAAGCUGGAGAAGACCGCGUGAGCAUCAUAGGGGGACACCUGGCAGGCCCAAAGCCCGAAGCCCGAACUUCGACCCGAACCCGCCCGCCAAUCACGACCCAUAUUCUCGAUGUGGCCUGUGGGGCUCCAGCCUCGGGCAUUGAUGUCCGUCUCGAAAUGUGGGGAGAUCAGCUCACCCGCCCGUUUUUGGGUCAGAAAGAAACCGACUAUUCGGGCUCUUGGAAGCCCGUGGGCGGUUCGACCACGGACAAAGAUGGGCGAGCUGGUGUGUUGAUGGACAUUGUUGAUGACUUGAGUCCGGGAGUCUACCGGAUAAGUUUCGACACGGGAAAGUACAAUCCGAAUGGGUUUUUCCCGUACGUGUCGAUUGUGUUUGAGGUUAGGGAAGGGCAGGCGAGGGAGCAUUUUCACGUGCCGUUGCUGCUAUCUCCGUUUUCUUUCUCGACUUAUCGUGGGAGCUGA